AUGAUUAUCAAAUUCGGAGCGCGCGCGCGAGCUCUCAUCUUUGUCCUGCUCUUCCUGUCACUGCUUCUCGUGUUAGCGCAUUUCCGAAGGCGAGAUGAGCCUCGUCUCGAGCCGCUAGACAGCGUGACUGUGCCUGUUGCGCCCGGAAAUGGGCCCCUACCAAGUGUCAAGCCUGCCCCGGACAGCGCAACAAACAUUACAGACAAACAAUGGAGCUCGGUCUGGUCCCGAGUGCCCUGUGUGGGGCUAAGGGGGUUAAAUUUCGAUGAGGAGAAUGACGAUACGCUGCGUGAGAGCGUCAUUGAGGGCCUCGACUAUCCAAGCCCGUUUGUGGGCUCCCACGAUACCGUGGGUUUGAGUCAGACCUGGAUGACAGCGGCUGCCCGCUACGGGCCAUAUGGCUGGGGCGACGACCAGGCGGCAUACGACGGAAAGAAGGCGCCGUGGAACGAGACAGACUGGGCCAAACUGCAGAACCAAUGCAUCUACUACAACGCCCACGGAUUCCAUGACGCGGCGAUUAUCCAGCCCUUCGCGAGACGCUUUCGCAUGCGAGAGCCGGGUGAAGAGAUCAAGUCUCCGGUGAUCGAACCGCAGGCGGCCAACUACGUGCCUCGAACCGCCAUUGUCCUCCGCGCCUGGGAAGGCUACAAUUACACCGCCGAGGACCUCGUCAAUCUCCGCGCAACCGUCGCCGAGACGGCUUUGCGAUUCGGUGGCGAGUAUACCGUCUACAUCCUCGUCCACGUCAAGGACACGGGACGCAACAUCUUCUCCAGCGACGAGAAUUACCGUCGCGCCGUCGAAGACCUCGUCCCUCCAGAAUUCUGGGGCAUGGCCGUUCUGUUCGACGAGACGCUCCUCCAGAGCUGGUAUCCCGAGAUCAAAACGCACGGCGCCACCUACCAGAUCAUGCAACCCCUGCAGCUGUUUGCCCACUUCUACCCGAAAUUCGACUUCUACUGGCAGCUGGAGCUGGAUGUCCGGUUCACAGGGCAUGCCGGCCGCUACCUCACCGCCCUGUCCGACUUUGCCCGCGAGCAGCCUCGGAAGCAGGCCAUAGAGCGCAGCACCUGGUAUUACAUGCCCGAGUUCCAUGGUGGCUACUCAGACCUGCUAGCAGCCGUCAAUGCAUCUCUCGAAGGCAAAGGCGGGCUUGGAUGGGGCAUGCGGAUCCAAGAUUUCGAGCCCAUUGGCCCGAAGCCGCCCGUCGAGGAUCCGCUGGACGACAACUUUGAGUGGGGCGUCGGCGACGAAGCCGACUUCAUCGCUCUCACCCCAUGCGCUUACAUGCCGUCGCUCGAGCACUGGGUGUGGAGAAACUGGCAGCAAGGCCUCAAAGCCGGCACCAAGACCCCCGGGUGGAUGUGCCAGCCAGCCAUGGGCCGCGCGAGCAGGACCCUGCUGCUCGCCGUGCACCACGCGCAGGCCGUCCAGGGUCUCGCGAUGCACUCGGAAGCGACCCUCUCAUCGUUUGCGCUCUGGCACGGCCUCAAGCUGGUCGUGCCGCCACAGCCCAUCUACCAGGACCCGCAGUGGCCGCACGACAAGAUGAACGAGCUGUUUAACGGUCCCGGUGCCAUCGAAACACACCGCAUGCAGGGCAUGGAAGGCAUGGCCCGCGGCGACGUCAUUUACCGACAGACGGACUACGAGUACAUCACCACCACCUCGGCGUCGUUCUGGUACACGUCCGACUUUCCGAACAGGAUCUACGACGCCUGGCUGGGCCGUGUUGGUUCCCAGGACGGGAGCAGCAGCCGCGGGGUGCCUUAUGUGCUCUGGAGGAGCGGGGACGGGAAGGUGUAUGCGCCGAAUAUGAUGCUGCAUCCGGUCAAGACGAAUCAGAACAGGCCGUUGGACAGCUCAGGCGAUUCGCCUUGGCUGGUUAUCGCCGGCGUGGCUGUCUCGUUACUGGGCCUCUCUGCGGCCGGUUUCUGGUGGUGGAAGAGGAGCAGCCGGAGCAGGUACUCUGCCCUCAGGACAGAAGAGGUUGGGUAAGGUAUGGAAUUUGGCUUGAAGUUGGGAUUAUGUUUUUAGUACGGUACGGCUCUCUUUUGGGGGAAAAGGAAUAUAGACAGCAUAAUUACAAUAAUUAUGAAGACAGCUAUCCCGGGUUUUGCCCAGGAACUCAGCAGACCUUUACCUCAUUUGUGGGAUGGCCGAUUCCAUACCGUGUUUGUGUACUGCCAUUUUCUGUCAGGAUGAUGCUCUGAACCAGGGUUUCCUGUGACCAACCAUUUUACCAUUUUAGUGGCAAGCUGUAGGAAGAUAACUCAAAAGACUCAUCUGGUUCAAUUUUCUUUUUCUCCCUUUUCCUCUGCCCAAUCUUUUCUGCUGCCUCUGAACGAGAACCCUAACCCAACUUCCGCAAGGAUCGCCCGUGCAUCACGUGGCAGGGACGGCAACACGUUACA